AUGUCGACCACCGAACAAAAGUACCCCCCCCCCUCCCCCUCCUCUUCCCCAGCACCUGCCUACUACUCCACCCAGCCGAUGCCCCAGCCGAUGCCCCAGCCGAUGCCCCAGCAGCCCAUGGUUGCCGCUCACCCCGGCCAGCAAGUCGUCUACGACGCCCAAGGCAACGCCUACAUGGCCAUGGCCCCCACCGGCACCCCCAACGGCGCCCCUGGUAUCCAGCACGGCCAGCCCAUGAUGCACCCCCCAACCAUGGUCCACCCCGCCGACCGCCGCAACCCGGCCCUGAUCCAGCAGUACGAACACACCAUCCGCGAGAACGAGAUUGGAGGCGUUGAAAUCUGUUGGUUCCUCUGCUGCGGUUUCUUUGGCCUCAUUUGCUGUCUCCCCAAGUACAACGCUGCCCAGGACGCAAAGACGAAGCUCCAGAUCGAGUUGGGCAAGCCUGCUUAA